GAGGACGCGAGGAGGGGCGGCCGGGAGGGCUCCGAGCAGAGUCUGCUCAGCUCUAGCAGCCGUCCUGGCGGGUCUGAGGUAGUAGCGGCUCCGUCCUCCCUUCCUCCGCCCUGCCCUCGAAAGUAAACUUUGCCGCUCCGCCCGCGGGGUCCCCGGUUCUCGCCGCAGCGUCUCCAGGCGGCGCGGGCCGGCGUCAGGGCCUGUCUGCCUCCCCCGGCUCGGGGCCUGGGCGCCAUGGACGCGACGGCGCUGGAGCGGGACGCCGUGCAGUUCGCGCGGCUGGCGGUGCAGCGCGACCAUGAAGGCCGCUACUCUGAGGCCGUGUUUUACUACAAGGAAGCUGCACAAGCCUUAAUUUAUGCUGAGAUGGCAGGAUCCAGCCUAGAACGGAUCCAAGAAAAGAUCAGUGAAUAUCUGGAAAGAGUCCAAGCCCUUCAUUCUGCAGUUCAGUCAAAGAGUGCUGAUCCUUUGAAAUCAAAACAUCAGUUGGAUCUAGAGCGUGCCCAUUUUCUUGUUACACAAGCUUUUGAUGAGGAUGAAAAGGGGAAUGUGGAAGAUGCCAUAGAAUUAUAUACAGAAGCUGUGGAUCUCUGUCUAAAAACCUCUUAUGAAACUGCUGAUAAGACUCUGCAAAAUAAGUUGAAACAGUUGGCUCGACAGGCACUAGAUAGAGCAGAAGCAUUGAGUGAACCUCUGACAAAGCCGUUUUGCAAACUCAAAGCAACAAAUAUGAAGAUGAAGACUCCUCCAGUAAGAACACAUUUUCCUCUAGGAUCUAAUCCUUUCCUAGAAAAGCCUCAGCCAUUUUUAAGUCCUCAGUCAUGUGAUGCCCAAGGACAGAGAUACACAGCAGAAGAAAUAGAAGUGCUCAGGACAACAUCAAAAAUAAAUGGUAUAGAAUAUGUUCCUUUCAUGAGUGUUGAUCUGAGGGAACGUUUUGCUUAUCCAAUGCCUUUUUGUGAUAGAUGGGGCAAGCUUCCAUUAUCACCUAAACAAAAAACUACAUUUUCUAAAUGGGUACGACCAGAAGAUCUCACCAACAAUCCUACAAUGAUAUAUACCGUAUCCAGUUUUAGCAUAAAGCAGACAAUAGUAUCAGAUUGUUCCUUUGUGGCAUCAUUGGCUAUCAGUGCAGCUUAUGAGAGACGAUUCAAUAAGAAGUUGAUUACCAGCAUAAUUUACCCACAGAAUAAGGAUGGCGAACCAGAGUACAAUCCCUGUGGGAAGUAUAUGGUAAAACUUCACCUCAAUGGUGUCCCAAGAAAGGUAAUAAUUGAUGAUCAGUUACCUGUUGAUCAUAAAGGAGAAUUGCUGUGUUCUUAUUCCAACAAUAAAAGUGAAUUAUGGGUGUCACUUAUAGAGAAAGCAUACAUGAAAGUUAUGGGAGGAUAUGAUUUCCCAGGAUCCAACUCAAAUAUUGAUCUGCAUGCACUGACUGGGUGGAUACCAGAAAGGAUUGCAAUGCAUUCAGAUAGCCAGACCUUCAGUAAGGAUAAUUCAUUCAGAAUGCUUUAUCAAAGAUUUCACAAAGGGGAUGUCCUUAUCACUGCGUCAACUGGAGUGAUGACUGAAGCUGAAGGGGAGAAGUGGGGCCUGGUUCCUACACAUGCUUAUGCUGUUCUGGAUAUUAGAGAGUUCAAGGGCCUGCGAUUUAUCCAGUUGAAAAAUCCUUGGAGCCAUUUACGCUGGAAAGGAAGGUACAGUGAAAAUGAUGUGAAAAACUGGACCCCAGAAUUGCAAAAGUAUUUAAACUUUGAUCCCCGAACAGCUCAGAAAAUAGAUAAUGGAAUAUUUUGGAUUUCCUGGGAUGAUCUUUGCCAGUAUUAUGAUGUAGUUUAUUUGAGUUGGAAUCCAGCUCUUUUUAAAGAAUCAACUUGCAUUCACAGUACUUGGGAUGCUAAACAAGGACCUGUGAAAGAUGCUUAUAGCCUGGCUAACAACCCCCAGUACAAAUUGGAGGUGCAGUGUCCACAAGGGGGUGCUGCAGUUUGGGUUUUGCUUAGUAGACACAUAACAGACAAGGAUGACUUUGCAAAUAACCGUGAGUUUAUCACAAUGGUUGUGUACAAGACUGAUGGCAAGAAAGUUUAUUACCCAGCUGACCCACCUCCAUACAUUGAUGGGAUUCGGAUCAACAGUCCUCAUUACCUGACUAAGAUAAAGCUGACCACACCUGGGACUCACACCUUUACCUUAGUGGUUUCUCAGUAUGAAAAACAGAACACAAUUCAUUACACAGUGCGGGUAUAUUCAGCAUGCAGCUUCACUUUUGCGAAGAUCCCUUCACCAUAUACCUUAUCAAAACGGAUUAAUGGAAAGUGGAGUGGUCAGAGUGCCGGAGGAUGUGGAAAUUUUCAGGAGACUCACAAAAAUAAUCCCAUCUACCAAUUCCAUAUAGAUAAGACUGGACCGUUACUGAUUGAACUAAGAGGACCAAGGCAAUACAGUGUUGGAUUUGAGGUUGUAGCAGUUUCCAUAAUGGGAGAUCCUGGUCCUCAUGGCUUUCAGAGGAAAUCUAGUGGUGACUAUAGGUGCGGAUUUUGCUACUUAGAAUUGGAAAAUAUACCUGCUGGGAUCUUUAAUAUCAUCCCUAGUACUUUUUUGCCUAAACAAGAAGGACCUUUUUUCUUGGACUUUAAUAGUACUGUCCCCAUCAAGACAACACAACUCCAAUGAUAGAGAACUCUCAGCUGUUACUGGAUUCCAUAUUUAGCAGUCAUCAACUCUUCAGACAGAGACAAAUCAUGACAGUGAACCAUCAGAAUGGAAUUAAAUCAAAAACAUGUUACAGUGGAAUCUGGUACUUGUCAUGGUGUUUGGUAAGAAUUGUACAUAGUCAGAAUUACCUUAUCACCCUAAAAGUACUGUUUACAUGGUUUUGUGCAUACAGAGUUGGCAUGUAUUUAGGGGCUAACUUUGUAUAAAAAAUUAUAUAUGAUUACAGAUUAGAUUCAGCUAUCACUGUGAGAUGCUUUUGCUAACAGGACAAGGGAACUGAAACAAGAUGAGGACAAGGAGGGCCACAGAUCCACUGAAUGCAAGAGCAGACUAUUUUACUAUCUUGAGAUAUUUACAUUAUGUUUCCUGUUUUUACAGAGCACGUAAGUUUACCCUGUUCAUGUUGAACCCGACCGUACAUCUUAGGCAACUGAUUACCAAAUGAAUCAUGUCAUUAUAACUAAUUUGAAUUUUCUAUUGUGUCUUUAAAUGUUUAUUGUUGCCUAGAUGUUAUGAAAUCAUAAAGCUUUAAAAAGUACCAUUUAGCUUAGCAUGAAGAUGCUCAGGCUUAAGAAUGAAGGUUGUCAGUGUUAGAUACGUCAUUCAUUGUAGAGAGGACUGAGGUAUAUUUACUGUUGCUGUUUUUUAAUUCUUAGCAGGUUGGUGAAUGUAGUACUCUGAGACUGGAAAUGAUAAAAGUUUAGCGUGUAGAGUUUUUAAAUUGCUCUGUACUUGGUGCUUUCAUAAUAGGGAUUUGGAGAGUCCUUGAGAAUUUAGUAUGUGGUGAUCGAGUUAUACAGCAUUCAUAAAAAGUGAGUUGCCAGGAAUUAGUGUCGUGUAAAUUCCCAUUUGUUUACAUUAGCAGUCAUCAGGACAGAAUGAUGCUCAAGAUUUUAAAGUUCUGAAAAAUAGGAUGGGAUCUGUCAUUGUCUCUACUUUAUAAUUAUCAAAACGAUUUCUACUGCCUUUAAUUGAAAUAAAAUAUUUAUACUUAUGGAAACUGUAUAUAAUUUAA